UAUCACACAGAGCUGUUUCCAAUUUGACGUUUAUUUUUAACACGACAACGAAAGCUUCACACCUUUCUUCAUAGUGUAAUCCCCAUCGAGUCUGAAACCAAGUAAAAUCACCAAAGUUUCCAUCUUUCAGGAUUUUUUGGCAAAGAAAAAUGAUGAAAGAACGCAAACGCGAAUAGUGGGACUGUUUGGAACUCGCAAAACCAGUCGCCGUUUCGACUGGCCAAAUUGUUGUGAAAUUUGGUUCCUCAAGGUCCUUUGAUUGGAAAUCGUCCAUCGAAUAAAUUCGACACAGCUAAUGUAGCUCGAAUUACUUCCGGUAGAGGAGAACUAGAUGAAAAAAUACAACUACAGUAAACUGAGCCAACGGGACCUGGAAGCCGCUUCUUCUACGGUUUCUUCCGCCGCUGGCAAAAGCAUCAUCGGCAGUAGCAACGGAACGACAGUCAUCGAAACCGGAAUGUAUCUCCGCGAUUGGCGCCAGGCUUUGAGGACUCCUCCCUCGUACCGUAUCGGGAACCGAACUAUCCGGCUGCAGGUGCACGUCAUAUGGCCGUUGGCUGUUCUGGGAGCACUGCUUCUGUUCCUACUCUACAUCAUCGGAAGCUCAACGAUGCAAAGUGGGUCCAGCAUCGGCAAUUUGGACCGGAACUCGGUGAUUUUCUACAACAGCACCUAUCCGCUAACGGAGCCGAUUGUGAGCAAUGGAAUGUACACCUUCCGGAUAGGGGUGAUUGCGGAUUUGGAUACCAAUUCCCGGGUGGGCAGCAAGGAUUCGUGGAACAGCUACUUCAUGAAGGGCUACCUCAGUUACAUUCCGGCGAAGGGAACCGUCACCGUUUCGUGGGACGAAACGGGACCGAAGGAAAUGAAAUCUAGCUUUUCAUUGAAAGGUCGGGGGAUGGAAUUGUCCGAGCUGGUUGUGUUUAAUGGAAAGCUUCUCACUUUUGACGACCGUACCGGGUUGGUGUACGUAAUAGAAAAGGACAAUGUCUAUCCGUGGCUGCUACUGAUGGAUGGCGAUGGCAAGGCCAGCAAGGGAUUCAAAUCUGAAUGGGCAACCGUGAAAGAUCAGGUCCUCUAUGUAGGCUCGAUGGGAAAAGAGUGGACCACAGCUGGUGGGGAUUUCGAAAACAAUAAUCCGAUGUAUGUGAAGGCGAUAACUGUGCACGGUGAGAUCUAUCAUCUCAACUGGGCGAACAAUUUUAAAGCGCUGCGAAGUUCCAUCGGUAUCGAGUGGCCUGGUUACAUGAUUCACGAGUCAGGUGUUUGGUCCAGCGAGGCCAAAAAGUGGUACUUCCUGCCCAGGCGUUGCUCCAAGGACCGUUACAACGAGACUCGUGAUGAACACAUGGGAUGUAAUUAUCUCAUCACAGCAGAUGAAUCAUUUCACUCGAUCAAACCGAUCGAGCUAAAACGUACGAAUUUCCCGCCAACGCAUGGCUUCUCCAGCUUUAAGUUCCUUCCAACGACGGAAGACCAAAUAAUUAUCGCACUUUCGACGGAAGAGCUGAAUGGAAAAACAUCCAGCUUCAUCAGUGCGUUCAAUGUUGAUGGGGAGAUGCUGAUGCCGGAAACGAGGAUACCAACGGAUUUCAAGUUCGAAGGUUUGGAGUUUAUUUAGAAGCGGUAGUGCUGUUGCUAUCGAACGUAAAAUAGAAUAUCCAAAGUCGAACUGAUUACCUAGUAAAAAAAUGUACAUAAAUAGUGCGUAUGCAAGAAUGUGUAUUUGUUGAAAAGGCACGAUAUUUGAAAGUAUUACACUACUAAAUUUAAAUGCCAUAGUUUAACCGUUGAAUCUUUGUUAAAAUUUGAAACAGUAGCUUGCAAUAGUUUUUUCUUCCGUUCAGUUCAAAACUUAGAGGUCGUCCUGAAACCACUUUACUUUGGGUCAAAUUUUUAUGAUUUUGAUAUCCCUUCGUUGUGAUUUUUUACCAAUGCAAAGUCUAUUUGAUUCGUGGUUUCUGAACGACUCCCUAUUUGAACUUCGGUAUUAUUUUUCAAUUGAUUUGUAAUGUGAUGUGAUAUUCUAUUCUAAUUCAAUUAAAACGGUAGAUAACAUGUGGAAUUGAAA